AUUGAUAUUAUUUUUUUACAGGGAUCAACCAAAGAGAAGGUCUAUAUUUUUGUCACUUUUGUGCAUAUUCUACAAACAAAAAGCCUCACUUAAAAAUUCACAUAAAUAUGCAUACUAAAGAAAAGCAAUAUGUGUGUAAAGUAUGUCACAAGUCCUUCACUCAAAAAGGAAAUCUGAACAUGCAUUACAGAAUACAUACUGGAGAGAAACCUUUUAAAUGUGAAAUCUGCCAUAAAGGGUUUAACCAAUCAUCCAAUUUGCGUUCUCAUAAACUAAGUCACAUGAAAAGAAAUUUGUAUAUGCUUUAUACGUCAGCCAAUCCUGAAAAAGAGAGAGGUUUGCAUUUUUGUACCCUUUGUCCAUAUUCUGCUCUAAACAAAUGUACUUUAAAAUAUCACAUGAACGUGCACAACAAGGAACGAGAAUUCACAUGUGAAGUGUUCAAAAAGUCAUUUAAGACUAAAACAAACGGCUAUCAAAAUAAUUUUUCUAUUUUAUUUAAAAUUUUUAGGAUAUGUUCAAUGUUGAAAAUGUUUGUUAUUCAUUCAAAUAUCUUUGUAGGAACCUUUAGUGAUUACUAUAAAGAAGGAGAUUUUUAUUUUUGCUUGUUCUGUACUUUUUCCACACCACAUAAAGGAACCUUGAAAAAUCACGUGAACAUGCAUACUAAAGAACGACAACACAUCUGUGGAAUAUGUCAAAAAUCCUUCAACCAGAAAGGCAACCUGAAGAUACAUUAUAGAAUACAUACUGGAGAGAAACCUUACAAAUGUGAUGUCUGUCAUGAGACAUUCAAUCAUACAUCUAACUUACGUCGUCAUAAAUUAAUUCAUCUAAAGGAAAGUUUAAUUGUGCCAUGAGACAUUCAAUGAAACAUCUAACUUACGUCGUCAUCAGUUUAUUCAUCUAAAUGAAAGUUUCAUUGUGCCAUGAGACAUUCAAUGAAACAUCUAACUUACGUCGUCAUAAGUUUAUUCAUCUGAAGGAAAGUUUCAUUGUGCCAUGAGACAGUCAAUGAAACAUCUAACUUACGUUGUCAUCAGUUUAUUCAUCUAAAGGAAAGUUUCAUUGUGCCAUGAGACAUUCAAUGAAACAUCUAACUUACGCCGUCAUCA